AUGCGCUUCACCGAGUCUGUUUUGCUGCUGGCAGCGCUGACCAGCGGUACUCUCGCCGGUCGUCAUGGUCACUAUCAGGGCCGCCACGAGGGCCAUGCCCGUCGCCAGGCUGAGGCUGAGGUUGAUAACACUGUCACCGUUACCGCCAUGUCCACUAUCAUUGACUGCCCUUGCACCGAAAGCUUCAGUGUCCUGGCGACCCCGACGCCCGUGGCGGCUGUUGAAGUCUUGACCAGCUCUACUCCUGUCUGGUCUUCAUCCUCGUCUAUUGCAUGGACCUCCUCUACUUUGAGCUCCAUCGUUGUGCCCACAACCACUAUCACUAUCGAGUCAUCUUCUUCCACUCUUGUGUCGAGCAUAUCAACCGCCGUUGAGUCUACUACUUACAUCGUUGAAUCGUCGACCUCUACUAUCACACCGACCACGACCACUUCUGCUGAGACUUCCACUACGGACUCCGCUAAUGCUGCCUGGACCGCAACUCCCGCCAGCGGUGAGUUUUCCACCGCCGGCUUCGGUACCGUCACCAACUCCUCCGGCUCCGGCGACACCUACACCGGCAAUGUUGGCAGCCCCUACGGCUCCAAUAUCCAGAGAGUCGACAGCUCCGUAGCCAGCGAGUAUAAGUACGUCGUCGAGUUCACCGGUUCCAACAGCGAAGACUGGCUCGUCGUCAUCUGGAACAAGAUCGGCCCUGACGGAGCCAUGGACGGCUGGUACGGAAAUGCCUGCCACAACUUCACCAUCGCCGCCGGCGAAACUGUCUACUAUGCUUUUGAUGUCGACUCCCAGGGAGGUUGGACCGCCCACAAAGACUCCAUCCCCACCAACACCUACGGCAGCUACGCUUCCACUUGGGCCGAGUUUGAUUUCGGCUCGACUGCAAACGAUGGCUGGUCUGGCUUCGAUGUCUCUGCCAUUACUGCCCAGGAGGCCAAUAUGUCUGUCCAGGGUAUGAAAAUCUGCAGUAAGAUCACAUCAACCACGUGUUCGUCCAUCACCACUGCUGCGGGCACUGUUAGCAAUGCCUAUACCGCUUCCGAAGCUGAUAUCGGUGGUAUUGGUGGUAACCUGUCUUCGGGGCCUGUGCGUCUUGCUGUUACUCUGGAUUACUCAGGAUAA